AUGGGGGAGAUGGUGAGGGGCGGCAACGGCGGGCUGCUCAGGGGCGACCAGCGGCGGCAAGGGAGGCGCGCCGGUGGCUCACGGCCGCAGGGCGGCAGCGGCUGGCAAGGGGCGGCGCUGGGUGGCGCUGGCGGAUCUGGGACGCCGGUUGGCAAGGGGCGGCGGCGGCUGGCUGGUCAGGGGCAGCAGCGGCUGGUCAGGGGCGCCAGCGGCUGGCUGCUCAAGGCUGGCACUAGCGGCUCUGGUGAGGGGUGCCGGUGGCGGAUUGCGGGCGCAGGGCAACGGCGGCAAGCGAGGGGUGGCGUCGGCUCACGGGCGCGGAGCGGCGGCGGCUGGCAGGCGCAGGGUAGCGGCUGGCAGGCGCAGGGCGGCGGCCACGCGCACGCCGGAGGUGGAAGGCGGCGGGAGCACAGCGACGGCGCCCCAGAUCUUGGAAAAUCAGACAUCAGAACAAUCAAGUCAGAUUUCACGGCUUUGUCGCAGACUCUACGCCUACUCGAUUACUCGAGAACGGUUGAUGGGGCUUGA